ACUCUCAUCACAAAGGAGUCGCUGCUCGGAACAUGACAGGGGAACAGGCUGGCUCUUUGGAGACUGCUGAGGAGGGGCCAGUGGUGCCAGCCCUAGUAGCAAGUUCCCUGCCUUUCUGCAAGCUCCCUGUGGAGGCAGGCUACGGCGAGGGAAAGUUGUUCUCGGAACUGAAGCUGCCCUCCUACAAAGGCCAAUCUCCCCAGUUACAUCUGAGAAGAUAUUUUGCAGACCUGAUUGCCAUUGUGAGCAAUCGUUUCAGACUCUGUCCUGCAGCACGACAUCUUGCUGUUUACCUAUUGGACCUCUUUAUGGAUCGCUAUGAUAUAUCCAUUCAACAGCUGCAUGUCGUUGCUCUUUCCUGUUUACUUUUAGCAAGUAAAUUUGAAGAAAAGGAAGACAGCGUUCCUAAACUUGAACAGCUGAACAGCUUGGGCUGUAUGACUAACAUGAAUCUAGUAUUAACAAAACAGAACUUGCUACAUAUGGAACUAUUGUUGCUAGAAACAUUUCAGUGGAACUUGUGCCUCCCAACUGCUGCUCAUUUCAUCGACUAUUACCUUUCUAUUGCUGUUCAUGAGACAGAUCUCCAUGAUGGCUGGCCAAUGGUUUGCUUAGAGAAGACUAAGUUAUACAUGGCAAAAUAUGCAGACUACUUUUUGGAAGUAUCCUUACAAGAUCAUGCAUUCUUAAAUUAUGCCCCUUCUUUAGUUGCUACUGCAUGUGUGGCUGCUUCAAGAAUCAUUUUGCGUCUCUCUCCAACAUGGCCAACUCGACUGCAUCGACUUACUGCAUACUCCUGGGACUUCCUAGUGCCAUGUAUUGAACGACUAUUAAUUGCACAUGAUAAUGAUGUAAAAGAAGCAAACAAGCAAAAGGGACAACAUGGCCAGUCUGCGCAACACAGUGUUUUUCAAACCCCAACUCCACAAGAGACUCAUGUUCCACAGCAAAUACCACAGUAUCUCCAAACACAUCAAACUCCAUUACAGUAUCACCAUCCAACAUCACAACAGCAAACCUGUCAGCAAAUUAUGUCAGCUAGUCAUACAUCAUCUUAUCCACUGCAGACUUGUCCUGCUGCCUUGCAGUCCACUGUUCAGGCCCGAGGUCACAUGCAGACUGGUACUGGUAUGUCACUAGCUGUUCCAAUAGAAGUAAAGCCAUGUAUAAGUGUAUCCUACAACCGGAGUUACCAGAUCAAUGGACAUUAUCCUUGUAUUACUCCCUGCUUUGAAAGGUGAUGAGUACAAAUUCAGUUAUUCUCUUUUCUUUUUCUCCCUCUUACCCCUUUCCCCUGCCCCUCCCUUACCCCCCCAUAAAGCCUCUAAGUCUGAGAGCAACAGCAAUAAUCUGAAUAAAAGUAGUACUUUUUUUGUUUUUCUCCAGAAAGAAAGCAACUGGAAUGGCAACCGAGCACUGAAAUGCAUUAGCUCAAUUCAGACUGUGCAAAGAAUAAGCAUGUAGCAUGCCUUCAAAAAGGAAUGUAUGUACAUGGGAAUAUAAGCUAAUAUUUCUGGCCUUACACUGCACUCUGUGCUCCCCCCUACCACUCAUCCACCCACAUUUAAAAAAAUAUAGCUGUGGAUUGACCAGAGGCUCUCCUUUUAAUGAGGGAGACAUGCAGUAUUAUUUUUGAAGAGGCCAUAUUGAAUACUGCCAUACAGUAUUAAGAUUUACUUUGAGUAAAUUCAAACUUAGGAGUGUUGGAUGCCAGGCUUCCCUGGAAAUGAGGUCUACAGAGAGAGAAACUUCUCUUGACUAAAUCAGUAAUGCAACUUACUCUUUGUUCUUGCUUUUGCUCACUCAUUAGAUGUAUGCUUUACUGUAUAAGGCACUCAAGUUAACUGACUUUUUUUAGUUAGCUUUUAUACUUUGUGCCUCACAGGACAAAUAUUCUACUCUACCUUUUUUUUUUUUUUUUCGUCUCAUGUUUGGAGUAACACUUUCACACUAACUCAGGGAAUUAUCUACUCAUAAAUUCUGUGCUGCUGUUGUCUUCAUUUUUAACUGGGUAUAAUUUAAGGUAACCUUUCCUUCAGGACAUUUACAGAUCAUCGUACCAAAGGCAUAUGUGUGUUUAAAAAAUAUAAUUUCAGUCCAAACUACUUUCUGCCUCCCUAAAGUGUGCAAAUAAUUGCAGAAAUGAGUAGUUCAGUUUAAACUUAAGAUACUAAUUCUGUAACAGAACUAAUAUGGUAGUUGUGAUUAUAUAUAGUUUUAUUAAUAUGACCAAUAUAAAAAUAUCCUUUCAUUCAACAGUCUAUAAAUCUCAGCUUAUACAGGAAAAGGUGCAGAUAAAUACAUACAGGAAUCCAGUACUGCAUGCCAAGCUCAGGGGAGAAGGGAGAAUAUUUUCUCAGGUAUUACUGGGAUAGCUCAUUCUUCUGCAAUACAGAAGAUCUGAAUUGAAGAGUAGUCUCUGUAUUCCUCAUGUUGAGUCAAACCCAUAUUGCAGAGUGAACUGCUAUGUAACAGGGAGGGCACUUAAUACAUAGUUGUCUGAACUGCAGUAUCUUUUAUGGUGUAGGUAGCCAGAGUAGGAAGUUUCAUUUCUUCAGCAUGGGGAUGAAGGUGAUGGUGAGAGAGCUUUUCUCCAUUAAUAUACUCUUCUUUCAUAAAAGGUGGUAGCUGAUUCUCACCACAAUCUGAUAUGGGAAAAGGAAUUGAUUAAUGGAGCCAUACUGACUUAAAUAUUUUGGGUGUGUUCAUGGAUUUCCCCCCUUACUUGUAGCACUUAAAAUUAUGAUUUACAUGGCAGAAAUGAGGCCAAGCGUAUAUGAUCUGUGGAACCCCAAGUAUUCUGAAUGGUUCUUGUGGGGGUGGGAGGUAGGGAGUGUUAAGGUAUAUGUGAUAUCAGUAUCAAGGGAAAGAUAUUUAUCAUGAGAGAGGGGGACUUUCCAGAAUACUCAGUAGUUAAAGAGGAUGGCUACACUUGUUCUGAUGCUCUACCAGGAGCUGAACCAGAAAGUGCUGCAAGAACUUAUCCUUUAUUUUUGAGGAGAAGGAAUCCUCUGUAUUUGAAGUUAUUUUAACGCACACGUCAUGCUUCAGGGUGGUUAGGCCUUUUUGUUUGUUUGAUUGGUUUUUGUGGGACUGAGGGGAUCAAAAUGAGGAAGAUUAAGCUCCUCUGCUUUAUGCUAGAAAAUACACAUCCAUGUAAGCACAGCCUAUGGUCUUGUGGUUGCCUCAAAAUGUAACCCUUUCAUUUCUUCUCCAAAUUUGUCCCUACUUUUGAGGCUUAGGGAGUAGAAACUUCCAACCACCUGAAAUGUUAGAUUGAGAUAAGGAAUGUGUCCAAAAGAAACACUUUUGCAUGUUCAGGUUUCACUUUAUUCAGUGCUAUAUCCAAGUCUUCAAUGUGCUAACUACCUCUAAAACUAUGAAUGUACAGUUUUGUAAUGGACCAUGACUUGAAAUAACAGCAGACAUCUGUAGCAAAGCCUGUAAAAUCCUUGUAUUGGCUAAAUCAUCAUAAUCUUUACAUGUAAUACAGUAAUAUGUUGGGGGGGUUUUGGUGGGGGGGGGAAGGGUAAGUAUUAGCAAAUCUAUCCCAUAGGUAUUUAACACACAAAAGAUAGCUAGUACUUUAACACUGGAUUUAUAUGGGGGAUUGUUCAGUUAGCUCUGCAAAGUCUACAGACAAUAGGGUAUUUUUAUUUGACUGUAUGUUAAGCCAUUAGGCUUAACUUUAAAAGCAUCCACUACUUACUAUUUGUUUGGUUACUUUUUAUUUAUUUAAUCUAAAUUUCUCUUGAUGCUGCAGCUUCAUGAUAUAUGGAGAAAGUAGUGUACACUGAACAUUUUCAAUAUAUUACUUAAAAAGGGCUUUACCAGUGUUCAUUGAAUAAAUACACUACAUGUUCUUACUGAGAGAACCAAAUGUGUGUUUUAUGGCAGCAUUUAAAAUGAUGCACAUAAAUGCAAAAUGUCCACAACAAUGGAAUCUGGGUGAGUGCUAUGCAUUCAAGUUUUUUUUU